AUGAUCGCGGUACAGAAUAUUCUGAGUAGUCUGAAUUUAGAAUAAUCUCAGUCUGGAUGGACGUCUCUAGUUUUUCCUCUGUAAUCUCAUGAACUCUGUAAUGUUUCCACUGUAAUCUGUUGCAGAUUUCACUCAGGCAACGAUCUUCUCUCCCUCUUCAGGUGGACUGUGGCUUGAGGUCCUGCAAAAUGGAUAUAGAUCCCUGUUUGCGGUACUAUUUCCAGCACCCCUGGUCUCGUCUGUUUGUGGCCUACCUCGUCACCUUCUGCAACUUCCUUAUCUUCGCUGAGGACCCUGUCUCCCACAGCCAGACAGAGGCUCACAUGAUCGUGGUGGGAAACUGCUUCUCCUUCAUAGUGAACAAGUACCCUGGUGGAGGAUGGAGUGUCCUCAAAGUCAUGUCGUGGCUGAUGGCCAUUGUCACCGGAAUGUUUGCAGGGAAGUUCAUAUUCCACCGCAGGCUCUUUGGUAAGUCAUCAAUCAAUCAAUCAGUCAAAUGUAUUUAUAAAGCCCUUUUUAUACAGAACCCAGCCUGAAACCCCAGAGAGUCGGCAAUGCAGAUGUAGAGGCACGGUGGCUAGGAAAAACUCCCUAGAAAGGCAGGAACCUAGGAAGAAACCUAGAGAGGAACCAGUCUCUGAGGGGUGGCCAGCCACUUCUGGGGAGCCUUAAUGAGGAAUGCAGACCUAAAAAGACAGCUGAAAAGUAUUUGGUCAUUUUAG